AUGGAAUUCCCCUCUUCUUCUUUGCAAAUCACUCCCAUUGAAGAUCCAUCCAUACCACAACAGUUUGAUUUCGAUGAUUGCUUCUCCAUCAUCUUCAAUUGCACCAAAAAAUUGAUCCAAAUUAUUGAAAGCUCAAACCCAGCUCCUGAGAUUCACUCUUCUUCUACGACAACUACAGCCAUGGAAGCAAUCUUGGUUCCUUCAGACAUCCUAUGUAGUGGUACUCCACUCACAGACCUCAGCAGAGAAGACACAAUCUUGUUACAUGAAAUCUUUUCUUCACUAUCUGUGUCCCCUGAGCUAUUUGACCAAAUUUUAUCUAACAUAGUCGAAACUGCAAGAAGGUGUGACUCCAACACACGGGAGAUUGUUGUGAACCUUCAUGUUACUUCGUACAAUGUUGUUCAAGAUUCUGAUGAGCAAGAUGAUGAUGCCGAAUGCGCCAUUUGUUUGGAGAAGUUUGACCAUGGUAAUGAAGAUUCAAGCGUAGAUAUUGUUCGUACAAAUUGCUCGCAUGUUUUUCAUAAUCGCUGCUUACUCCCGUGGCUCCGAUGCUGUGCCAACUGUGAGUCGCCACAUUCUUGCCCAUUGUGCCGCAGCAUCCUAUUUCCAACUUCAGAGAUAGAUGAUGAAUAG